AUGCGCGGCGUCUCCCUCCUAGCUAAAAGAGGGCGCAUAGAUCAAUUGGGACUUCGGAGAGGUUACAUUUGUUGCCAAUGUAGAGCUAUUCAGCUCAGCUCCUCUCCCACUACCGGGUCCCCUCGCCUCGGGGGAGAUGUCUUCGGCACGUCUAUUGAUGUCUCUAAAGAUGUUGCGGAUGCUAGAUUCGAAGUGUUAGGGACACCAUAUUCCCUCCUCUCGGUGUCUCUGUCGGCUUCGCAAAGGCUGUACACACGUCGCGGAACAUUAGUCGCAGUGUCGGGUAAAGCGCAAAAUGCGCAAUCGACUCUCUCCCUACUCUCACCUUUUACGCGAGCCGUCACCGGCGUCCCCUUCCUCUACCAACGCAUAUCCUCUACAACUCCGCUCACGGCAUUAAUAUCUACGAAGUCGCCUACAACCACAUUUUCCGUACUACACCUUGAUGGGACAACAGAUUGGAUGGUGGCGCAAAGAUCGGCUCUUCUUGCGUGGACUGGGCAUUCGCUGAACGUAACUCCCCGAAUCCAAUAUCGACUCCCAAUCGCCCACUGGGGCUCGUCCGAGUUGACCGGCCGGGGACUUGCUGCAUUAUCUGCACCAGGACACAUAUAUCAACUUACUUUGGCAGAAGAGGAGGAAUUUGUAGUUCACCCCUCGAACGUGGUAGCUUAUACGGUCACCAAGCACCCGCCUUUGCCCUUUAGAUUCAAGAGCUCCGGCAUUAGAUUCCAGGUACCUUCGAUUACGACAUGGCUAGGGGAUACCAAGUUCCUCAAGACAAUGCGCGGGUCCGAAACUUACAAGUUUCUCUCCCGAGUCUUAUUUGGUCUCCGCACGACAGCGAGACGUACGAUAUGGGGCGAUAGGCUAUUCUUGCAAUUCCGGGGCCCAACCACGAUACUCAUGUCGAGUAGAGGCGCUCGAAUUAGCGACGUACUCACAAAUGCAGACGUCAAUGAGCUUGCCGACGCCCCUAUGGGAGAGGUCCCUGCUACCGUAGAGUUGGUAACGAAGCCGAAGCCCGACGUCACACCGAAGACGAAUGAUGCGGCGGAGGUCAAGAUACAUGUGGCGAGUGUUGGACAAGACGGGAAGGUCUCGUUUGCCGACGCCAAAAACCUGAAAGAUUUUGAGAAGUCAUGA